AUGAUGCAAAAAUUAAUUAUUUUCUUGUUUAUUUGUUUCAAACUUAUCACUUGUUAUAUUACUCCACCUUCAGAACCAUUUAUCUUAGCUGCUUAUGACCCUGAACAUAAUCAUGAGCAUGAUCAUAUUUUGCAUGCCAAUGUCGAAAAAGCUAAGUAUGACGGUACAAAAGUGUUUCUUUGUGAUCGAUUUGAUGACAGUGAAACUUUUCUUGAAGGUAGAGUAUUGGCUAAUUCUUCCUAUAAAAUUGAUAACUUAAAAGGGAUGUAUAUUCGAGUUGAUCGUUUUACUCAUCGGUUGAAGCUUUGUCCAAAUGGUGUUUCAUCAUUUGAUUUUUCAAUUAAAAAAGGAUUGGUUUAUUAUCAAGGUGAUGAUACUUGGACUGCUUGUUAUGAUGCUGAUGAAGAUGCUUCAUUUAUUUAUCAUGGAACUAAAAAUGACAACAAACGGUUUUGCUCUGAUGAUAAUUCAAAACCCAUUGUUUUAAAGGCUGUUGGUAAAUAUGACAGCGGUGGAGCUAUUCCUAAUUACCCACUGCAUAAUCAUAUCCAAUGGUGA